AGUUGAGAGUGGAGUUUUCCGUUUUAAAGUGUGUGUCUGUGGAAGAGGGAAAAAAGGGCGCGUUUUUUACAAUCUUUGCUUCUAGGGUUUUGCUUCAGAGCCGAAAACAUUGGUUUUGUUUCUUUCAAUGGAGCAAUCGAUUUUGAAAGAUUGUGAAGUAGAGAUCUGUUCUGAAGAAGAAGGCUUUAGAAACGCUUGGUACAGAGCAGUCCUUGAAGAAACCCCAACGAAUACGAUUUCGGGAAGCAGAAAGAAGCUUCGUGUUCGUUAUAUAACGAUGCUUAACGAAGACCGUUCGUCUCCUCUGACGGUGGAACAGGGGUUUAUACGACCGAUUCCGCCGGAGAAUCUGUACAGCGGCGUCGUUUUGGAGGAAGGGUCUGUGGUUGAUGCUGAUUACAAAGGCGGCUGGUGGACGGGUGUUGUGAUUAAGAAAAUGGAGAACGGGAACUAUUUGGUUUACUUCGAUCUUCCACCAGAGAUUGUUCAGUUCGAGACAAAGCAUUUGCGGGCACAUCUUGACUGGACCGGUUCUAAAUGGGUCCGACCAGAAGUCAAAGAACUGAGUAAGUCUAUCUUUAGCCCCGGUACAUUAGUGGAAGUUAGUUGUGUCAUAGGUGAAGGGGAAGUUUCGUGGGUUACUGCAAUGAUAAUCAAGGAGAUUGAGGAGAGUGGUCAGAAGAAACUCAUUGUGAAAGUCUGCGAUAAAUACUUGAGAUGCAGUGGUGAUGAGGCAAAACCAACCAUGGCGGUUGACCCACGCCGUGUAAGGCCUACACCGCCUCCUUUUUCGGUUGAAGAGUAUAACUUGCUCGAUUGUGUAGAGGUGUUUAAUGGUUCGUGUUGGCGUCAAGGGCAAGUGAUGGGAGUUCUCUCGGGGAAAUGGUACAUGGUUAGUUUAGAGGCUACCAAGGAGACCUUGUAUUUUAAACACUUGAACCUUCGGCCUUUUAAGGUGUGGGAAGAUGGAGUUUGGCAUAACCGACUUACGCAAAACCCCGUUAAAGAAACUACUGCUUCGGUUGUAAUAACCUCAAAAGUGGCAACCAUAGAAAAAGAUUAUGUUUCAUCUGCAACACCUUUGACACAGACUGAAGGAAAGACAUCCCCACUUGAGCCGAUGAGGAAUCAGAAUUGCUUCGGAGAUUCAACUCGACAGAAGUUGCCUGAGGAGGAGAAUAUCGAAGAUGGGAGUAGAAAAAGGAAAAGAGAGGAAGAACAGAACCCAGGCCUGAAUGAAACUGAUGGGACUUGCAAUGGUUCAGAGGCUGAGAUAAGUGAUAAAGGGAAACAUAUCUGCAACGAUGAUGAUGUUGAUGGUCAGCCUCUCUCGACUGAGCUAUCCUCUUAUCAGAGCCCGAACGUGGUGUAUAAUUCAGCGGCUGAUGUUGAGAAAACUCCAGCAAAGGGGAUUUCUCUUUUUGCAAAGAAGUCGCCAUUUUGGAAGACAUUUGAGACAAAUGACUUGUACAAAAAAGUACCACAAAGUCCUCAUUUCAGCCCGCUGUUUGAUGCUAAUGAAGAUAUCCGCGAGUGGUCAGCGGUUGGUAUGAUGGUCACUUUCUAUGGGUUAUUAGAUGAAGUCAAAGAUCUGCAUCUCGAUGCUUCCCCAAGCAAACUAAGUAGCCUCAGUAGUUCUUUUGCCGAGCUCGAGAAACACGGUUUCAAUGUAGCAAAUCCACAGUCACUGAUCAGCAAAGUAUCGUCUCUCCAAGCUGGGCGAGCUAAGAAAGCGGAGGAAAGAAAAUGCCUUGAGGAGAAGAUUGAAGCUGAAGAGGUCGAGAGGCAGAAGGUUGAAGAAGAAAUGGCUGAGUUAGAACGCAAAAGUCUGGAGUUGAAGAGACAAGAACUGGUUGCGAAAGAGAAGAAGGAAGCGGUGGACAAAAGGAUCAUUGAAAUGAAAUCAUGUGCAGAAACCAUUGAUCAAGAGAUUGAAGAUGUUGAGCUUGAGUUUCAGACAACUGUCUCAGCUGCAUGGUAAUUAGAUAAAGGAAACAAAACGGUGAAAGACAUAAGAGUAGAAAUGAAAGACAUAAGAGUAGAUUUAGUAGUAAUGAAAGACAUCAGAGUAGAUGUAGUAGUAAGUAAAAACCAUUAUCUGCGUUCUUUAUACCCGAAUGCUUAUUGUAGAUGGUGCUUAGUUUAGCUUAUCUUCUAAACUAACUACUCUUGUGUAGAACUGAUGAUGGUUAGAAUCAAAUCUAUCACGUUUCUGAAUCA